GCUACUUCCGCCGGCUAGGCAGCGAUUGGGCUUUCAAACUGGUCCGAAAUCCAGAAUAAACUUUAUGAGACGCUUUUAUUUCGUUUUUUUAACGUGUUUGUGCGCGUGUCAUUUUCUGUAGACAUUUGUCUUCCUCUUUAUAAAGUCUGUGUCCUCUGUGAGGAUUAAAGCUGCAAAGAUGUUAGCAUGAGGGGAGGUUAACUUACAUCAUAUUAAAACAGUGUUAAUACUGUUAUGGCGUCUCACAACACCACUACACCAGAGGAUGAAUUCCCAACUCUGAAGCCUCGUCGCAUUCAGAACCAGAACGUCGUCCACCGCCUUGAGAGACGUCGGAUCUGCUCGGGCCCACCCGGGGCUCACUGGUACCGUGUGCGCUGCUUCCACCAGAACCUCUUCCCCAAUUUCACUGUCGUGAACGUGGAAAAGCCCCCUUGCUUUCUCCGAAAGUUCUCCCCUGAUGGGCGCUGUUUCAUCGCCUUCUCCUCCGAUCAGACUUCCCUGGAGAUCUACGAGUACCAGGGAUGCCAGGCUGCAGAAGACCUCCUCCAAGGCCAGGAAGGUGAGACCCUGGCGAACGGAAACGACCAGCGCUCUCUUAGUAUCCGAGGGAAACUCUUUGAGCGCUUCUUCUCCCUUCUCCAUGUCACCAACGUGGCCUCGAACGGCGAGCACUUGAAUAGAGAAUGCAGUUUGUUCACCGACGACUGCAGGUACGUGAUCGUCGGCUCGGCCGCUUACUUGCCCGAGGAACCUCAUCCCCAUUUUUUCGAGGUUUACCGCAACAACGAGUCGGUGACCCCGAAUCCACGCUCUCCUCUGGAGGACUACUCGCUGCACAUCAUAGACCUGCACACGGGUCGCUUAUGUGACACACGCACCUUUAAAUGCGACAAGAUCAUUCUGUCGCACAAUCAGGGACUCUAUCUUUACAGAAAUAUUUUGGCUGUGCUUUCUGUGCAACAACAGACCAUACACGUCUUUCAGAUCACACCUGAAGGAACCUUCCUCGACGUCCGCACCAUCGGACGGUUUUGUUAUGAGGACGACCUCCUGACUCUGUCUGCAGUUUACCCCGAGGCUCAAGCUGAAGGCCAGCCCGGUUUCUCUCGCCUCUACAAGGAGAAAACCAUCAACUCCCUGAAACACAGGCUGCUGGUGUACCUGUGGAGGAGGGCGGAGCAUGAUGGCAGCGCCACGGCCAAGCGGCGGUUCUUUCAGUUUUUCGAUCAGCUACGGCAGUUACGCAUGUGGAAGAUGCAGCUCCUCGACGAGCAUCACCUCUUCAUCAAGUACACCAGCGAAGACGUGGUGACGUUGAGGGUCACCGACCCCUCGCAGCCUUCAUUCUAUGUGGUGUACAACAUGCUGUCGACAGAGGUGAUAGCCGUUUUCGAGAAUACUUCAGACAAACUGCUGGAGCUUUUCGAGAACUUCUGCGACCUCUUCCGGAAUGCCACCCUUCACAGCGAAGCUGUACAGUUCCCCUGCUCUGCUUCCAGUAACAACUUCGCCCGUCAGGUGCAGCGCAGGUUUAAAGACACCAUCGUGAACGCCAAAUAUGGAGGGCACACGGAGGCUGUUAGAAGACUGCUGGGACAGCUGCCCAUUAGCGCUCAAUCUUACAGCAGUAGCCCGUAUCUGGACCUCUCCCUCUUUAGUUACGAUGACAAGUGGGUGUCUGUCAUGGAGCGCCCGAAGACAUGCGGCGAUCACCCUAUACGGUUUUAUGCGAGGGACUCGGGGCUGCUGAAAUUUAAGAUCCAAGCAGGCCUGCUGGGUAGACCCAUUAACCACACGGUCAGGAGACUCGUGGCGUUCACCUUCCACCCUUUCGAACCCUUCGCUAUCUCCGUACAGCGCACCAACGCCGAAUACGUGGUCAACUUUCACAUGCGCCACGGAUGCGUAUGAUCGGGGUGGUUUGGAAGAUGUUUGAUUUUAUGAGUGGAAGAAAUCCGAGCCUAUUUUUGUAAAGCAAAGGAACCUUUUUUACGUUUUAUUCCUUUAUUUUUAUAUUAAAGUUUUAUUUAUUACACACGCGAUGUCUUAUGUUGUUAGAUUAGGCAAUGUAUAUAUUUAUAUAUUCGGAUGUUUUAUCUUUUAAUUAAA